ACUCCAUUUUCUUCUAAUCGGCUUGAGAUAAAUGGCAAAAGCACCGGUCAUUGCCGGCAAACACUCUUUUAUUUUCUGAGAGAUAGUCCAAAAUCAUUAUAUCAUUUGAAAAUAUAAAAAUCCAUUGGAGAUAUAACAACGAGUAAAAAUGGAGACCGAGGAGAGCGAUCGAGACAUUCUCGGCCAAAUUCUCAGCGAAACAGAACUCACACAAAUUCCGGAAGACAUUGCAACAAAAUUGCGAUCACAUUUCAACGAAAAUUUUGAAGGAUUCAUCACUGCUAAAGCCGUUUUCCAACAUGGCAAGCAAAAUUACGAGAAAAAAAUUGAGAAGCUGGAAAAAGACUGCCAAGAGCAGCAGCUGGACUUUGACGAGUGCAAAGGAAAGCUGGAGAUGGCAGAGACUCAUGUCACCGAUCUCCAGGUGAAGCUCGACGAGGCAAAAACGGAAAUCUAUAAGCUCCAGGAGUCAUUGAAACGUCUGCAAAAGGAGACCUCAGAAUUCAGACGUCAACGAGACGCAGCAGUUGAUGAACGUGACACCCUCCAGUUGCAGGCAGAGCGCAGAGAUCAUGAGGUGGAGCGUCUGCACACUGAGCUGAAUUCCCUGUCUGCCCAGCUGCAGUCAGCAGUGGCAGCUAAAUGUCAGGCUCUGGCUGAAUCCGAGGAGAUCAAGAGUCGAGAGCUCAACCUGGAUUACAAAGAGAAACGCCUGGAGCAGGAGAGGAAUCUCAUGUGCCAGCAGAUGAGCUCCCUGGAGGUCGAACUGUCGAAGAAGACGUCAGAACUCCAGACAACAAGGUCAGAGGCAUCAGCAAGGAGUCUUCUCACAGAGACUCGUCUAUCUCAACUGGAAGAGGAGCUCAGAAUUUCCAAUGACAGUUUGACCCAACUCCGAGAAGUCAACACUAAUUUCCAGAAGAGGUGCGACGAAUUGACCCAGAAAUUGGAGGAGCAAAGGAACCACGAGUUGGCAAUGCACUCGUCAUACAGGGAGGAAAUUGGCGCCCAGACUAGACUCGCUGAUUUGUACAAGGGGAUGUCUGAAGAGGCCAAUGCCAAAGCUGAAGAGUACACAAAUGCUGUUAAAGAGCUUCAGUCGAUUGUUGAGCAGGCAACUGAUCAGUAUGGAACCUUGGAGACGGCUUUUGCUCAAUUUAAAUUGGAGCACGAGGAAAUUCUGGCCGAGAAGGAGAGGCGAAUUGAAGAACUGUCUGCAGAGCUGGAGAAGGCUAAUGAAUUGCUGGGAAACCUGAAGCAGGAGAGAUUGGACCAGGCAGUGGAGCAAUUAGCUCCAACAGCGGCGAUCACAAGUAGAAUUCUCAAGAAAGGACUGAGUUUAACUCAGAUCUACACAAAACUCGUAGACACUGUGAACGAGCUGACUGUUGAGAAGGAAGAGAAUGACAAGCUGAAAGCCCAGAUGGACGUGAUCCUUAAAGAACUUGAGGAUAAAGCCCCAGCCGUCCAGCGCCAGAGAGUUGAGUACGAGGCAGCAGUUGCCAACGUAGAAACCCUCUCGAAUCAGCUGGACGAACUUCUGACUGAGAAUAAUCGUCUCCAGGAGACUGCUGAUGAAGCUGCACGACUCUCCAGUCAUCAGACUCGUGAGAACCAACGUCUGAAGACAGAACUCUCUGAUUUAGCUCGACAGGUCUGCUUCCUCCUGAAAGAAGUCCAGGAGAGCCGAACUGGAACUAGACUUCCCACUGGUGAUGAAACCGCCAUGGAGACAGACUUGGCGUCGUCCCAGCUGAUCAGUAAGAGACUAGUGACAUUCCGAGACAUCGAGGAGCUUCAGGAGAACAACCAGAAACUUCUGUCAAUCGUGAGAACAUUGUCCACGAGACAAGAAGAGAUAGAACGCUCUAAUGAUGAUUUACAAUCUGGGGAAUUGAAUGAGAAAUUAGCUCGAUAUCUCGAGCAGUUGUCAGAGAUGCAGGCAGCCCAGGAGAGACAAAGCAAGAUGCUGGAUGGAUUGAUGAGACAACGAGACAUGUACAAGAGCAUGUAUCAGCAGGCCUUAAAUCAGACUCCUGGGCAGGGUGUAAAGGAUUCCCAAGAGAGUCUUCAACAGGAUUCAAGUUCUGAGGAUAAAUCCACCUCUGAAGACCCUGAGAAAUCUCUGCAGGCUCAAGUAGACACGAUCAAAGAGCUCGAGAGAAAGCUCUCUGAUGCUGAAAUCAAGUUGAAAGCUAUUAGCGACGAGUACUCGACUUAUAAAAAAGAAAAGGCUGCUCACGAGAAGAUGCUUGGGGAGGAGGUGGAAAGACUGAGAAAAGAGGCAGAUACAAAUUCCACUCGCUGCUGUCGUCUGAAGGUUCAGCUGGAUUCGUCACAAGAGCGGUUCAAUCUUCUCCAGUCUAAUGUAGCUACGUACAGGUCGCAAAUAAAAGCACUUGAAGAGACGCGUGCUAAUUACAGCACAACAAUUGGAAAGCACGAGCAGAGCAUAAUGCUGCUGAAGGACGAAGCCCUCACUGCCCAGUCUAAAUUGUCUCGUGCUGAGGUUCAGCUGGAAAAUCUCAGGCAGGAGAGACAGCAUCUCCGGGACAAUGAGGGACGUUUGCUGAAGGAACGAGAGAUGCUGCAUAGAGAGAGACAGACACAGGCCCUUCUCAAGGCUGAUGUAGAGUCUAUCAAGGCUAGUUUGGAGAGGGCGCAGGCUGAGGGUCAACUGAGAGCUGAAAUGCGAUUGGAUGACGCCAAUAGGGAGUGCGCUGCAUUGCGGAGACGUUUGCAGGAGGAGCAAGACAGGUUUAGAGAGCUGUCGUCUCAUCUGGAGAGACAGUUGUCGACAGCCCAGGAGAGGCUGGCUGAGGAGCAGACUCUUGGGGAGCGAUUAAAGUCAGAGCUGGAUGAGGUGAAGACAGCCCAGGGGAUUGUGGAACGGAAGGCUGAGGAAUUGGAGGCUAAACUCAGGGAGACACAAGCUCAAUCGCGAGCCAAACCCAUCACUGGGGAUGAGAAUCUUGCUAAACGGUUGCAUGAAUUGGAGUUGCAGCUGGCUGGAGCGAAUGCUGAAAUCAGGUCGUUGGUGGAGCAGCUGAAAACAGCGAGACAGCAGAAUCAGCAGUACAGUGAUAUUGCUGAUAGCACGGAGACACAAUUGAAGGAGAUGGCUGAUCAGCAUCAGAAGAGGGUGAGAGAGCUGGAGACAGCACUGGAAGCUGCGAGAAAUGAUGCUGCAACUCUUGAUAAACGGGUGAAACACCUCGAGAGUGAGUUAAUGCAAUCGCAGAGUGGACAGCAGGUGAGUGAUUCGGAGUUGAGGGAGAGGCUGUCGUCUGCUGAGACUAAACUGGAGGAGUUGGAUGAAGUUAAGGGUGAGCUUGAGCUUAUGAAGAGUGAUCUUCAGGCUGCGUCACAGGCAGCGCAUGAGGCUGAGGAGAAGUACGCCAGGGAGAUGGUGCUUCAUUCCAAUGAUCUCCAGGCAUUAGCUAAAUUGCGUAGUGAGACUGAGAAUAUAUCCAAGACUGUCAGUCAGUUGACUCAGGCCAGAGAUACUGCUGUGGCUGCCCUUGAGGCAGGGAGGUCAACCAGUCAAGCACGAGAGGGAGAACUCAAGAAAGAUAUCGAGGAGUUGGAGAGGAGGAUCGAUGAUCUCGAUAAACAGAAUGGACUCCUUCAUAAUCAGAUUCAGGAGUUGAGUGAUAGAACUGCUAUUAUGCAGAGCAGUAGAUCAUCCAUUGGGGAGCAGGAGGCCAUGGAUACCAGUAUUGAGAACAUGAACAAGAGUUUUACUGGAACGGAAGAGGACUCAAAAUCCACUGAACAAUUACUGAAGAUCAUUAAAUAUCUGAGGAGAGAGAAGGAUCUAGCUGUUACCAAACUCGAUGUUCUUCGUGCUGAGAGCAUGAGACUCAAGUCACAGGUGGAGAAUCUUGAGAAGAGAGUGAAGGACGCUGAGGAGGCCAUGAAUUCCCAGAGGGAAAAAUCAGAUAUCGAUGUUGCAACGACCUCCAGGCAUGCUGAACUCUUGAGAAAAGUGGAGACUCUCAAUGCCAUUGCUGAUUCCAAUAGAAUUCUCAGAGAGGAACGAGAUACUCUGCUAACUAAAGUCACAGACUUGUCUUCCCAGAUAUCAACGCUGUCUGAGGAGGUGGUGCCCCUCAGGGAACAGGCGAGAGACCUCACAGCAAAGACAGAGCUACUCACAGCAGAAAAUACUGGCUUGAGGAGCGAAGCCAUGAGGUGGAGGCAACGCGCCAAUGCUCUGGUGGAACGAGCCAAUAAAGCUAGUCCUGAGGACUGGAGGAGACUCCAGACAGAGCGUGAGAAUCUCAGUAAAUUGUUAACCUCGGAGCGUGAAAUUCAUGCCAAGAAAAUGGAGGAGCUGAACGCCCUGAAGGCGGAAAAGGCAAGACUCGAGGAGCAGAACCUCCAGCUGCAGAAACAAAUUCAAACCCAUGGGGAGGAGGCAACCAAAGCCUCGGAGGAAGCUCGUAAACUUGGACAAGAUCUUAAUGAAGCCCUUGCCGACUCAACCUCAAAGUCCAAUGAUCUGGCUUCGUUGAAGAAAGAACUGGAUGACAAGGAAGCUGCGCUCAAUGAUGUCAAGAACAAAGAAAUUCAGAUUAGAAGAAUUGCCAAGAAAUAUAAGACACAGUAUGAGGAACUGGCCAAUCGUCGCGUCGAAGAGGUGCCCGCCGAACCCAAUCCUGAGGACGUUCAGGCCACUCAAGAGAAGGAGGAAGUGUUGAGAGAGGAAGGACGCAGGGAGAUUCGUCAAAAAAUUGUGGACCUAGAGGGGCAGAUUGAAGAGUUGAAUGCAACGAUUAAUUCACUUCGUGAGGAAGGUGAUGGACUCAGGAGGGAGAUUGAUAAUUUAAAUAGAACGAGUUCUGAGAAGGAGGAGAGGACAACGAGGCUGCUGAAAACAGCCAAAACACGAAUUAUGCAAUUGACCGAGUCCAAAGCCAGAUGCGAGAGGGAACUCAUCGAAUCGAAGGAGAAGAUCGAAUCAAUGUCGAAUGAUAAUGAUCAGAGUGAGCACGACGCAAGGCUGACUGUCAUAAAAUCUCAAUUGGAGGCGAGGAUCGCUAGAUUGGAGCAUGAGAAGGCUGAGAUAAUAGCUGAGAAAGAGGCUUUACUCCAGAGAAUUGCCCAGAUGCAGCGACAGCUGUCAGCUGGUGUCAGUGGAGUUUCAGUGAUGACUGAACCACCGACAGCUAAUAUCAAGCCAAUGGCUUCAGCUAGAGCUGAGACUCCUCUUGCAAGCAUCAGACCCCUCAAUGUUCAGAGCAGAACAGCUGCUGUUAUGCCGACAACUGCUAAUAAUCCGGUGCUCGUGGCACCUCAGCAGCAGCAACAGGUGGUUCACACUACUGAGACGAGUUCACCGACUAGCAGUCAUACGGAUUAUCAGCCAAGUACGAGUACGUCGGUGUCACAGGCUGGGCAGUCGAAUUUGAGACAACUUGCUGUCCAACCGCAGUUGAGUGAAUCUGCUGAGUCGACACAGAGAGAGGAGUCUGAGAAUUCUGAUAAUGGACAGCAGGUGCAGCAACAGGGACAGCAGCAGAGCUGCCAGAAUCAGCAGGUACAGCAGCAGGGACAGAGUCAGCAGGUGCAGGGACAGGAUCCACAGCAGCCACCGCAGACUGUAGCACUUGUCAGUCCCCGGGUAGAGCAGCAGAGCAUGCAGCAGACUCAGCAGACGACUGGAGGUGAUCAGCAGCAGACUAUUCCCAGCAGUUCGACACAGUCUGUUAGCACUUCUCAGGUUUCUGGGGGCCAUAAAAGACCGAGAACUCUGGAGCCCACUGCCUCGGGGUCUGGUGUUGUCGAGGGUACUGAUUUGAGGACUGACCAACCGAGUCCAAAGGCCAAGAGAAUUCGCACGCAAGAAAUGCCCAGUACAGCGACAACCAGUGGAUCUGAGGUUGAGUAUCAAGUUCCGACAUCCAGCCAACGAGACCAAGACGAGGAACCUGAAGAUGGGUGUGUCGUUGUGGAUUGUGACGAGGGUGGUGGUCACAAUCAGGCACCCGAGGAAGAGGAAUUUGACAAUGAUCCCUAUGGAGAAAUGGAGGAGGACGAGGAGGAGGAGGAGGAGGAAGAGGAAGAGCUUCCAUAUGGCGUCGAGGAGGAGGUAGAGGGUGACAAUAACGAGGUAGAAAUAAUGGAGGAUGACUCGAGAAAUGUCGAAGUGCCAAGACAAGUACAACAGGCUAUUCCUACCAGUCAACCCCAGCAACAGCAGUCCGAGGCUAUCAGCAGCGCUGGACCCACUGGGGAGCCUCCAGCAUUUUCAAGGUCUUCCAGGGGAAUAGCCCCAAUGCCACGCCAGCAGCAACACUUUCUGCUUCCUCAACAGGGAUAUGAAGAUGGCGGAGAUGACAGUAUUGUCCCCAGCACUCCAACACUAUUCGUUCCACGAAGGGGUGAUGGUUUUGGUGAGGCUGUCAGCUCUCCCCAGGUACCACAGGGUCGAUUUACCUUCGGUGAUUCAACACCGUCGUCCACCCCCUCACUAACUCCCACUUGUACUACAGUGAGAACAAUGUUCGCUGUUUCUGGGUCUGGAGUUGCUCAGGUUGUUCAAGAGGGUAUGGACGAUACCAGAAUGGAUUUGACACAGUUGGAAGACGGUGGCACUGGUCGAAGUGUUCCAACGACUCCCCUCCAGGUAUCACCAGCAGCUGAUUUACCCCCGUCGACCUCUGGGGGACAGGAGGAGCAGGAGGUAGCAAUUGCUGGCUCGUCAGCGACUCCUGGAUCAGUUGAUAUGAGUGUCGAGGGAACAUCGGCACCUAGUAUUCGUGUCACUGAUGAACAAGAGAGUGAGCAGAUGGAGGCAGUUCCAGGAUCGAGUACAGCACCUGGUGCUGAUGGUGUUAGUUCGGAAAGUGAUCAACCGACAACUGAUCCAUCGGGAUGUGGCACGGAGGGGUCUGUUGAUGAGGACUCUGUCGAGGCUGGAGGCGAUGAAGGUGAUGCCGAGGAGGAGGGACGAGAGGCUGAAGCCUCACCUUCCAGCAAUGUCAGGCAGAGGAAUACUGUGAGUGCUGGUGUCAAUGCAGCUAAUAUUAUCUCGGGGGAGGAAAAUCGUGGAGCUGUUACCAGGAGAUCGGCCAGGGCGGCAGCACAGCAGUACAGGGGAAAUCCGAGGGGUGCCAGGACUCCGAUCACUUGGGGGAAUCAGGGCACCACUGGACAAUCACCCGUGAGAGGACAUCCUGCUAGAGGCACUGCCAUUGAUGGGGUCAGGGGUAGAGGCUCCAGGGGGAGGAGAGCCAGGUCCAAGUACUCAUUCCCCAGGUACUAGGAUUUUAAAAAACUUUUUUUUUGGUUAUCGUGGGGUGGGAGUUUUUAUCGGGAAUUACUUUUCCUUCGUACAGAGAAUUAUUUUAAAGUCGCAGUUGGUGGUUUUCAUUUUUCACCUGGAGAAAUAGCGAUUGGAAUGGAAUUAUUAUUGGUUGCUGUGUUCUUCCGAUUCUCUCAAGACUUUUGCAAUUUUUCACUCACUAUAAUAGAAUGCUUGGGAAACCAUCGGUCUUGGGAAUAAAUGUGAUUUUCUGUAUGAAAAAAGGUUUACCGUGAAAUUUUUCGAAAGAAAAAAAAAUUGUGAGGGUUUGUUACAUUGAGACAUCGACGUGAGUCCAUUUUACCCCAAGAGUCUGUCCUCAUUUACCUUUUUACGAAUAGUUAUAAGUUUUUUGACGUUUGACAAAGUCUCUUCGACUUUUUUUGAAUCAUCUGUCAUUCCAAUUCAUAUUUUUCAUUUAAAUCACCUAUUCUUUCUUUUACGCUAGAAGGGAUAUUUAUCUCAGGUAGUAAAAUACUGCGCAUUUAUAAUUACGACUCCUUGCGAGAUUUCCAAUGUAGCGAGAAGGAAUGAUAUUCAUGAAGAUUUAUGAGUAAAUUAGAAUGUCGAUUAUUGGAUCGAUUAUUGGAUUAAAUUAAUAAACCAGGUGUAUAUAAAGAGA